UCCAAGUCUUCGAUCGUCGUCGGUCUCUUUGGUCGGUCAUUCAUUCUUCGCUUCGCCUUCUCGCGAAUACGGCUUGGAACGAAAGCUCAUCCUUCGUUCUGGGACCUUCCUCUGUCCUUCGUCUGUCUGGUUCCUGCUCAGCGAGGACCUCCUCUGUUUCUCACCGGAAAUCAAGAAUCGUCAGGGAUCCAAUUCUUGGUCCAGAAUGUCCACCAUCUCCCAACUCAUCCACUUUCCAUGCACGUCCCUCUCGUCGAACCCACCCCAGCACCGAUUCUCCCCCAGGCCUGCGGUUCUCGCCGUCGCCAGCCCCGGAAUCGCCUCCGGGGUCGCCUGCGGUUCAAGAAUCCAGUUCUGUGACCCGGGUCGCGCCCGACCCGUGUUCCGGGUCAGGGCUGCGGAGGACGGCGAGUGGGGGCCCGAGAAGGAUGAGGAUGAGGAGGAGCCGGCGAAUGAGGCCGGCGGCGGUGCUGCGGUGGCGGUGGCGGAGGAGGAGCUGCCGAAGGAGGUGUCGGAGAUUGCCGGGCUGAAGAAGAAGCUGGUGGGGUCGUUCUACGGGACGGACCGCGGGCUGAGGGCGACGAGCGAGACGAGGGCGGAGAUCGUGGAGCUGAUCACGCAGCUCGAGGCGAAGAACCCGACUCCGGCUCCGACGGAGGCUCUGACGAUGCUCAACGGGAAGUGGAUUCUUGCGUACACCUCUUUUGCGCCAUUAUUUCCAUUGUUGGCAAGAGGUACCCUGCCAUUGGUGAAGGUGGAGGAGAUAUCUCAGACCAUUGAUUCGGAGAAUUUCACUGCCCAGAACUGUGUCCUAUUUUCUGGCCCACUGGCAACCACUUCUUUUAGCACCAAUGCCAAGUUUGAAGUCCGAAGCCCCAAGCGCGUGCAGAUCAAGUUCGAAGAAGGCAUAAUUGGAACCCCCCAGCUAACCGACUCAAUCGUCUUACCGGAGAAUGUCGAGUUUCUAGGACAAAAGAUCGACCUCGCUCCUUUCAAAGGUUUAAUUAACUCUGUUCAAGACACUGCUUCCUCUGUUGCAAAGACCAUCUCCAGCCAACCACCCAUCAAAUUCUCUCUCUCGAACAGCAAUGCCGAGUCAUGGCUACUGACCACCUACCUCGAUGAGGAACUCCGUAUCUCAAGGGGAGAUGGUGGAAGCGUCUUCGUUCUUAUCAAGGAAGGUAGCUCCUUGUUGUCACCGUAAUUGACUAAUAAGUGAAGACUCCUUUUAGUGAUCAAUGUACUUCGUUUGAGAGGAUAUCUAUGUUUGAAGCUGUGGUGUAUGUAGAAUAUUAUUUAUGAAAUAAGACAUCUGAUCAUAGUCCUCUAAGUGUUCAAAGAGGUUGUUAGUAGUCGAGAGCCGAACUUAUAGCUUUUGUCUGUGAAACUCAUAUCAUAUUAUAGAACAUUUGUCUUC